GUCAGCCUCUCAGUCAACCAACAGCCCAACCACAGCUAAAAUAGAGCUUUUCAGCACCACAGAACAGCGGACAGCUCCUCAAUAAGCGAACACUAUGGUUCUGAUCUGGACACAGUUUGGAGUGAAAACCAAAAAUGUAAAGUGCAAGGUCCGCGUUAUGAACAGGAAUGACAGCUCGGGCUCUUCAUCAGGGGUAAGUUAUAUUUUUGAAAUGUGUCUAAUUUCAGUAAUUUACUAAUUUGAAUGUAUUCUAUCAAAUGCAAGUAGCCCAUGUCCGUUAAACUCAUGUGUGUUGUCAUAAAUUGUGCUUAUGGUUGUGUCAUUAAAAAGUUGACAGUGAGUUUAAAGACUAGUGGUUUAAUUGCUGAGAAUAUUCUCGGAUUAAAGCAUAGAUAUGUGUCAAAUAUUGAAUGUUCCUUUUGCUGUAAAUGAGAAUGUAUUUUCAGUCAACUCACCUGGUAAAAUAAGGAAUAAUAUAUAUUUCUAAAGCUUAUACACCCUGUGUGUGAGCAUUUUCAACAAUGUCAACGGGUUCUCCAGUAACCUUAGUACCCCUAAUUCCAAUGCAGACAGUAUAGCCUAGUUAAGCCAAUCGGGGCUCAGCCGGCAUCUGUGGUGGGAGGUGCAGUCUGCCUCAAGAUGUUCAUACACACGAGUUCCCCCUAUAGUCACGUUGCCUGCAUUUAGAUGCACAGACAUAUCUGCAUUAAAGUCUAGAAGACUUAUCUGGCCUGAAUUGCAUUUGCCAUAGGCUGGUUUUCAUACAAUACUGUUUUCAAAGGCUGAAUGCAAUAAUAAAUAAUAAGUAGUGGUCAUUUGUAUUCAAAGGGCUGACAAGUGACAAUUCCAAGUAUUUGUCUUCUGAAAUUGGUACUAGCACAGAAGGCUUGCUGAUAAUCAUAGGUGACUGUUGAAUGUCACACCUGCUGGGUGUCAUAAAGCUGCCGGGUGCUUGGCAAUACAUUAUCAUGGACAUGGCAGUGAGAGAGCGCUAUAAGGAGUGGUUGAAGUUUAUAGCCCACAGCACAGGGAGUUAGUUCUCUUUCUACCACAUCUCAUCCAGCUCUGGCUUUUGAAGGCUUCUUUGAGGCAAAGGCAUUUGUCCUUUUAAAACUUGGCUAUUCUGUGUGCAGUAGAGAUCUAACCUGUUCCUUCUCCCACCCUGUUUCUCCAGGAGAACCAAAAGGACCAAGAGGUUCCCGUUCUGUCCAAGCCUAUGGGGAAGGAUUUCUACAAGGUCCUGGGCGUCGAGUCUGACUCCAACGAAGAUGACAUCAAGAAGGCGUACAGGAAGAUGGCCCUGAAGUUUCACCCCGACAAGAACAGCGCUGCGGACGCCGCGGACAAGUUCAAGGAGAUUGCAGAAGCUUACGAGAUUCUGACCGACUCCAAGAAAAGGGUCAUCUACGAUCAGUUCGGAGAAGAAGGUGAGAGCCUUUCCUUCUUUCCCUUUGUCAUUUGACCGGCAAGUGCUGUUGCAUCUAGCAAAAAAUCUACAGCACCUGGUCCCCCUGAGAGCCAGCCCAACACAUGCAGUGUAGACGACUACAGGCUGAUAAAUUAGUCAGCCAGCAACCGAGAAAGUGUUUCUCAAACUUCAAAGUGCCAAAUAUAAAAUUUGUAAGCCCUCUAGAAGUGUUGAGCUAAAUAUACGAGUAAGAACUUUGUCUCAGAGUGGGAGAAUAAUACAGGAUUAGACAAGAUGGAAGAUCACACUUCUGCUUGAGUGAACUGUACUAACUGAAGUUGUCUUUUUUCUUUUGUGUCUUAGGUCUUAAGAAUGGAGGCGGUGUGUCCAUGGCAGGCAAAGAGAACAACCCCCAUCACUAUAGUUACCACGGCGACGCCCACGCCACCUUCUCAACAUUCUUCCAGGGCUCCGACCACUUCGACAUCUUCUUCGGGCCCGACGGCGAGGAGGAGCUCUUCAACCCCUUUAACCGCUUCACCUUCAGCAAGGUUGAUGGUCACCAUGGUAACUACGGCCCCAACGGUGAGAAGCUUCGGCGCGGGCGUCGGCGUCUGCAGGGCGUGGCGGUGGUGCAUGACCUCCUGCUGACCCUGGAAGAGGUGUUCCAUGGCUGCACCAAGCACAUGAAGAUCACGCGGCGCCGCCUCAACCCGGACGGCCACAGUCUUCGCACUGAGGACAAGGUCCUGAACGUGGUGGUGAAGAAGGGAUGGAAGGAGGGCACCAAGAUCACCUUUCCCAGAGAGGGUGACGAGACGGCCAAUAACAUACCCGCCGACGUGGCCUUCGUCCUCAAGGACAAGAAACACCCCCACUACAAGAGGGACGGGUCCAACAUAGUCUAUACGGCAAAGAUCACCCUCAAAGAAGUAUGUUUGUGUUCAUGUGAACUUGUGUGUCAACUUAACAUUGAUAUGGUUAUAUAAUGCAGUAAGUCUUAGCAGAAGUACAGCACUGCCAUACUUUCAGUAUAGGCAGGAUUACAUGCUUCAAGGCAUAACUGAAGUAUACCACUUCCAUACUUUGGGAUAAUGGCUCAAAUUGGUGGCUGUAGAUAGAACACUGUUCUAUUCAGAACCCCUCUCAGCUAACCCCCACUGCUCCAACCUUGUCCUUAGCCCAGCUAACAAACCUCCAAUAACACGCAGUGCCCACUAACAACUCCCCUCACUUACCUCAUUGGCCCAUGCAGAGAGCAGCAUCAGCAGUAGCUAAAUAUAGCCUGUGUCAGCUGCCCCCUCACACUGCUUUCACUUUGCUCCCCCACUGACUCCUCUGCUCUGUGCCAGCCUUUAGCUUCCUCUCUCUGGCUUACAAUCACUCACUCCCACAUCCUACGCUCCUCAGAUUAGCAUGCUAGUGUUCACAGACAUGGCAGGCUCUUCAACAAGCUCCUCUCCAUCUUACCAUGGCCCCACUCAGUCACUCUGUUGAGUACCGACACCCACACUCACAGCCAGAAUAGAGAGGAGAUUACUGGUAUAGCAUUUGUAACACUUAUCGUUGCAUAACAGAGGAAAGCAUUUUCUUUGGGGAGAAAAUACUCCACAUUCGAGUCUGAUGUAACACUCACUUAAGAAAAUUGCCCUGGUUAGUUUCAUACAUUCAUUCAGAAGUACCAAGUGCAGCUAAUUAUGUUAUGGGGUCGACUGCUUGUACUGUAUUAUGUAACCAAAGGCUCUCAACAUAAAAGGAGGAAGACUAACCAAUCCUGUCUUCCUCUCUCUGUCUCUCUCCAGGCUCUAUGUGGAUGCACAGUCAACGUGCCCACCCUCGACAACAGGACGAUGCCGCUACCGUGCAGUGACGUCAUCAAGCCCGGCGCCAUCCGGCGGCUGAGGGGCGAGGGGCUGCCCCACGCCAAGACCCCCUCCACACGUGGCGACCUGGUGGUGGAGUUCCAGGUGGCCUUCCCUGACAGGAUCCCUCCCCAGUCCAAAGAGAUCAUCAAACACAGCCUCACUGGGUGCUAACAUGCUAUGGUGCUAACGACCACCACAGCUAGCCAAUACAAUUACAGCCUUGCCAGGUGCUAUGACAAUCCAGCACAGCUUCUCCCUGUGCUUGGUUUAAAGACAAUGGCAGGAAUGGAAUCUUUAAACAAUAUAUAUACUUUUUUGAUUAUAGGCACUAUUUACAGGCACAUGUAACAUCUACAAUGCCACAAGGGGAAAAGUUUACAGUUAAACUGGCAAAUUGACUCCUGAGUGUCUGGGCACGUUUCUGACUGACUGACUAGCCUUUCUCUUGAAUGAAAAAGGGUAGAGGUACUCUUACUAUGUUGCCUAUAUCAGGAACUUGGUAUGCCAAUAGAGUCAUUCGACUCAUUAGAGAAACCUGAGGUAGUUGAUUGUCACGUGGCAAAAUGAUUCUACCAGUUGUAUGGUGUUCAUAUGACUGCACUUUUACAUUGAUUUAUUACAAUAACAAAUAUGUACUUGUGUACAAGAGUGUACUUAUGUACAAACAUAGUUAUAACUGUCUCUAAAAGAGAUUCCUUUGUCAAAUGUUCAACUGAAUCAUUUGAAAUGUUUGUAUAUAUUUGUGCUUUAACUUAUACCAGAUGUUAAUGUAUUAUUCUAAAUUGACAAAUGGACAAAGAAAAGCAUGUUAAAUAAAUGAAAAUACCUGAAUUUUAACUAACGUUUUUGUGUUUCAUUAUCUUAACAUGUGCAGCAGUGGUCAUGAACUAUUAUUCUGUCUUACAAUAAGC